AAGUUGCUAAAAAUAAACCGGAGGAAAGUAAAACAGAGGAUGCAGGUUUGCCAGCAUCACCUGUUGCCUCCAAGGCUGUGCAGACAACAAAUGGAUUUUCUAAUAUUAAAAUUAGUGAAGCUCCAAAAGAAACCUCAUCAUUUAAGGAUGAGACACCAGAGGUUUCUGCUUCACCCAAAGCAUCACAAUCAGCUUUUACUACUUCGAUUAAGAAACCUAUAGUUGCAAGGAAAUCUGGCAAGCCAGGUGAACUUGGAGCUCGGAAACUUACUAAAAAGUCAAGUGAAAGUCUGUACCACCAGAAGCCUCAAGAACCGCCUGUUCAAGUUUCUUCCUCCAACUCUGCAAGUAAUGCACCAACUGGUGGCUCAUCAUCAUUCACAUCUUGCGUUGAGUACACAGUCAAUGUCCAACCCUCUGAGAUAAGUUCUGAACGUGUUCUUAACCAUGUAUCCCCUCCAAUGUCCACCAAUUUUCUUGCUGACUAUGGAAUGGACAGGGGUUUCACAAACAAAAACUCGAAAUCGUCGAAAGUUCAA